AGCAUUUACAUGCCAAUCUGCUUUACGAUGGUCAUCGAUUUUAGCGUGGCACUCUUCAUGGGAUACGCAAUCAUUGUGUCCGAAAUAAAGCCUGAUGGAUUUGUGGUGUUAACAUCUUGCUCAGCCAUUGCCUGGCUUGGAAUCGUAAUUAUUUGCUGGGGCGCCCAGGUGACGGAAUAUAAGAUGCACUAUACGUUAACGAGUAUGUUAAAAAAUUUACCUCCACUCAACUUUGGCGGAUACAUCUGCAUUGGGAAGCAGUUGCUUGUAACUUUCAUUUACAGCUAUAUCACCAAUCUGGUAGUGAUGCUGCAACUACAGUUUGUAAAUUCUGGAAUUAAAGAUGCCAAGGAUCUCUACGAUAUAAGGAAUAUGUUAUUUUCUUAA